ACACACACACACACGCGACCAUAGUCGUUAGCCUCGCAUAUUAGUAUCAGGUAGACUAUUUCUCCGUGUAGCUUAUUCUCUAGCACUAAAAAUGAGCGACAAUGAUAAGGGCCGGGUAUGUAUGAACUCUGAUGCAAUUUUAAGGUUUUUUUUAUUUCCUAUGGUGCAUGAACAGCAACGAAAAAAGCCAUUUGAUGAGAAAACUGUCAUAUUAACGGUUUUUAUUUGUCAACUGACACCACUGACCAAAUGCUCACCUUGGUAGCUUAAAAUUCCAGUUGUAGCCUCAAAUGUGUAUUUCUCUAACGUAUUAAAGACAUUUAGGUGAUUUUUAUAAUACAAGACAAACUGUGUAUAAUAAUUUACUGUAAAAACGUAUGUUGCUAACUUUAGCUACCUGGCUAAUGCUAGCAUUUCAGUGUUAACUAGGCCUUAGGCUAACGAUGAAGAAGCUGGCUUCCGAUUCGUAUCCAGUGAUUCGCCACCAACUCCGUUACACAAUAUAUGUGCAUUAAAUUAGAUCCGGCGCUAAACAAUAAAAGUCCCACUCAUGCAGUUCAGGGUUAUUUAUCGUGUGUUAAAUUCCUGGGCUACAGAAGGUUGUAGAGUAAUAAAAUGAUCGUUUUUAUCUUUUAGCACCUCAAAUUGAUUUAAAAAUAUUUAUACGACAUAGGACAAAUGUGAACCUUAUAUAUAUAUUUAAGCAUGUACAGAGAUUUUUUUUCUUGCAUAAAGACAGCUGUUUUGUUAAUGCAUAAAUAGGAACCUACGAAUCGAAACCUAUCUUUAUUGUUAAUUUAGGGUGUUAACAUCUUUCGUUUUAGCAACCUUUUCGUUAGAUGAGCGCUUUCAACAGCAAGAAGACAGACGCAUUGCAAGUUAGGCAAACCAAAGUCUUCGCGUAAAUGUAAAUAUUUUAAGCAUAGAAGUUUCAUUUUCGAUGUCCUUUGAUAGAAUAUUCUGGAACGUCGAGGUGGCGCCGUUUUGUUCCACGCGAAAUUCCAUCUUACAUUAUGUAAUAUGCGUUUCGUUUUGCUCCUUUUUAGGGUGGGUUUUAUACUUAUUUAAAAUGUGCACUUCGUUUAGUAAUGUUGACCCAGCAGUCUGGGGUUUCCUUCCUUGUUGGUUUUUGGCGCGCCUAACCCGCGCCAUUAAAUCGACGAGGAAGAAUAAAAAUCAUUUUCUGUUUUAAAUCAAACGGCCUCAAGAUUCUUCAUUUGUUUCACCUCGGUCAUGCAGGUCGUAAUAUUCGAUGUUUAAACAGGCGCUUCAAUUAAUUGCUCCGCUGAGUAGACAAUGAAGCACGAUACAGAAGUUGGUGUCCGAUUUACAGCUGCAGUUUCUUUAAAGGGUUAUUUCACAAAAUUCGACGAAUGCAGUCUUUAUUCCGCUUUGGUUUGAAAUCUAAAAUACAAGUACGUUUAAAAUUUGACGCUGGAUAUAUCUUAUUUGUGGAAAAUGUUAAACGGUGCUUCUUUUUUUAUUUAAAUGGUCAGUGGUACAAACCACAAACAUGUUGUUGAAUCUGUCAUUAACCUAGAAAUAUGUCUUCAAGUUUAUCUGGGAUGUGUAGUGUUUGAGGGAUCCCAUUAUCAGCCACUAUCAGUUGGUUUAAAAAAAUAAAAGCUUUUAUUUUUUCAUAAAUUGAAUGCUUAUUUCACAAACUGUGUUUUGCCAUUAAUGUAAAGAGCAUACAUCAACACAGAUCAUUGCUGGGUAUCUAAUUAUUUUAGAUUUAGAAAUCUUUAGGUCAAAAUGAUCAAGUUUGUAAAUAUAAUAAAAAAAAAAACCUUUAUUUAUAGAACAAAGCUGAGUUUCAAUCAGACGCAAACUUCAGGAACAGCAGUGUAACUUGUUCAUCUUUCCAGUGGUGGGUUUACAAACCCUUCUGCUGAAUUAUGAACCUGGCUUUGAUUUAGCAAGGGAUGUCCUAACUUGGGAAUACGUCAAAUAUUUAUCUUCAAUCAUCUUGUGACUUGUUGAACGCCUGCUUAACCAGUUAGCAGUAUGCCGAAGGGUAGGGCAGAUCUGGUUUUUCAGUAAAGAUAAUUACACAUCAGCAUUUACAGGAUAUGGCUGGUCGCUGCUUUUUGAUGGAGGUGAAUACAAAUGAGUUGUAACUUUAACUUGAAGUUGUUUUGGUUAAUCUAGAUUUACUUUAUUUUUGUGUAAAAUGGGAGAUAAUGGGGUGGGUUUAAUUCUCAUUAUGACCUUUUCAUUUACAGUGGUUUUAUCUUCACUAUGAUAGGAAUGCAAUUUAACGGAAACUAUUUGAGCAAGACUACUUUUAUUUUUUGUAAGUAAAAAGGAUAAGCGUGUUUAAAAUUAAGAACAAAUAGAUGUACUGUGUGUAAAUUUUUUUCGUGUGUUCAAAAUCCCUGGGUUUCCAUCAGGGAAAUACAAAAACAGGGUAGACCAAUUGGCUGCAAUGCUCAUUGAGCAACAAUUUACUGAACUAUUGCAUCUUCCCUUUUAUUGCAAUCUUAUUUUUUAUGAAAUUACUUGUAAGACACACUAGUGAAUGUGGAACCACUGAAAGUGAAAUGAAUCGAACUAACACUGAGCAUUUGUAAACUUAAUCCUGAUGAAAAUUUGAUUGAGCGUGCCGUUUUAAUUGUAGUCAUAAAUUCUUCAUCCUUUUCUUUUCCAUUAAGGUUAAGGUUCGACGAAGAAAAUGCAGAAGAAGUCUCAUGUCCACUUUAUUUUCAGUAAUAUGAAGCUCAGAUGUGUGAAGCUGAAUUGUUGAAUGCAUGCUAAACAUGAGGAGGGAAGAACUUUGAUCUGUGUGUGAGAAGGGGAAGUCAGAAGAUGUAAGAAAAUUGAAGAAAGAAGAAUAAUGUGAAGUAAUGAAGUUACAGAAAUGAAGUUAAGGAAGUAAUCUGGAUAAGGUCGCUGCGCUAAGAGUCUCGCUCCGCUUCCAGGAGCGCGAGUCCCCGUGCCCCUGCGAAGUCGGCGAGCCGCACUCCAGCUCGUUCAAAAGAUGGAUCCCACCAUUCCCGUUCUAAGUCCUGGUCCCGCUCCAGGUCCAGAUCAGGCUCCCAUUCUAACCAUGGCUCUCAUAAGCACUACAGCCAUUCCCGGUCUCGCUCCAGGUCCGGCCGGCGCCGGUCCCGCAGCCGCUCCUACAGCGGAGAGCGCCGGCACAGGAGCCUCAGUCAUUCCCCCAUGUCUAAUCGCCGCAGGCACAUCGGCAAUCGGGCUAAUCCAGAUCCAAAUGCUUGCCUGGGAGUGUUUGGCCUGAGCCUGUACACCACAGAGAGGGACCUGAGAGACGUUUUCUCUAAAUACGGGAGCCUGGCGGAUGUCAGCAUCGUGUACGACCAGCAGUCCAGGCGCUCCAGGGGCUUUGCUUUUGUUUACUUUGAGAACACAGCUGAUGCUAAAGAGGCAAAGGACCGAGCGAAUGGCAUGGAGCUGGACGGUCGAAGAAUCCGGGUGGAUUUCUCAAUCACAAAAAGACCUCACACCCCGACCCCGGGAAUCUACAUGGGACGUCCCACAUAUGGCAGUGGCGGUGGCGGCGGCGGCGGUCCUGGUGGUCCCCGGCGCUAUUCACGUGACUACGACCGCGGAUAUGACCGCGGAUAUGAUAGAGGCGGCUAUGAUCGCUAUGAUGACAGGGACUACUACAGAUCAUACAGACGAAGAUCUCCAUCACCAUACUACAGAGGAGCAUACAGAUCUCGGUCAAGAUCCCGGUCUUAUUCUCCUCGUCGAUAUUGAGCAGUUCAGGCAGACAAAAAUCCCUUAUUUCCAUGGACAGACGAGGAGUUUCUUCUAAAGAUUUGUUUGACUUUCUUGUAGAUAUCAUAUUCUUAAGGUGAUACAUGACUUUCUUUAAUGUGGAGUUUCAUGGGAAAAUUUUGUACAAAGUCCUGAGAGAGCAGAACACCAGCAUUGUAAGCUUAGCAAUGUACUGAUGUGAAAAGGGUUGGCAGAAAACCUUUUUCACCUGUUUCUGCCCCUGUAGGAGUUAUCCCUCUGCACAAUGUGAAACUUGGAAGAUGCCCGUCUGCUUAUUUCUCAGCUGGUUAGUUUAUUGUGUAAUUUGGAGCUUAACAAAUUCAAACUUGUAUAAAUCUUUGAAAUUCAUUAGACACUGUUGUUCUCCAGAAUAGUCACUGUUCCUGUCAGGACUUUUUUUUUUUUUUUUAACUUCAGAGAACAUUCAGUGUCUGGUCACGACAACAUCCUCCUGUUUAACAGACAAAUUUCUUAUUCAACUCCACACUAAAGAAACCAAACAGAUGACGAUGAUCACCAUUCUUCCUCUUGCUUAUCAAUAAUCAAUGAAAAUGGAAAAACACAUUUGAAGCCUUGUGUCCUUGUUUUAAAUUUUAAAUGUACAGGGCAGUGUUGUUCUAACUGGCAUGUUAAUUUAUGGGGUUUUGUUGUGUACAAACUGAGUGAGAAUUCAGCAAAAUUUAAACAAAUUAAAAGGGAAUAGUUUUUUUUUCCACCAAGAAUUGUGUAGUUUUUGAAGACUGGCCUUCUUUCUCUCUAUGCUAAAAACCUUUUUUUAUGAAUAUGCUUUAGAUAUAUAAUUUACAUACAGCAAAGUCUGCAUUUGUUAACUUUCAGCUUAGAAAUAUUUUAAAUGGUGACAAAUUUGAGCUUUUGUUUUCUCUUUUGUUUUUGACAUGUUUGGAUUUUUGCACAGAAAAUUAACUGUUGUAAACUAUGCAAAUGAGUUUUAAUCAGAAUUUAUGCAAAGCUUGUAAAACUCGUGAAACAAUUUGACAUUUAGGCUUUGCUUUAAAAUACAAUUAACACUUGUAUUAAUUUCCA